AUGAUUUCGAAUAAGACGCUCACUUUCUGGCUACUGGGAGCACUUACAUGGCUCUUCCUCUUGGGUUCUCCAACCAAUGCCGCACCUACUGCUAUUUCGAUUGCAUCAGACCUUUCGGGUUACCAUCCACUAGCUGAUACUACCUCUCUCGUCUCUCGAGCGGAUAAAGAUCCUCUUCCCCAUAGCAAACAGGAGCUAAAGGAGAAAUUUUACAAAUCUGGACCAAAGAAGGACAAGUCAUGUUUCUUCACUGGCAUGGACAUCGACAAGGCGCAUAACGCUGCUCAGAAUACGGCAGACGCGAAAAGACAAUGCAAGGCUGCGAAACUUACCACACUGGAUGGCAUUUGGAACAAGAACAAUAUUGUCAACCCUGGUGAAUGGGCGAACAAGGGGAGAGGCGAAGGGGACGAUUUUGAUGCUUUCCUAAUCUGGGUUUCAGAGAUCUUUGCUGAAGAGACAAGUGGAACAUCCUAUCUGUUCAUUCCCGAGUCCACCAAACCUCGAAAGCAAAGCAUUUUCUUUGCCAAUGAAUUCAAGGCGAUGAAAGACGGCGGGAAGGUUGACAAGAUUGCGCAAGUCAAGUUCGAAUUCGGCAAAUCACCCUCGCUCCCAGAUGCCUCUAAGGAUGAGAAUUUGUGGUGGAAGAAAAGCAAGUACAUCAACCGCGAGGGCAUCAUGAAGGUCAUCGACACAUUCUGCGACGAAGCCGCCCAAGCAAGGCACUCUCGACAAAAGACUCAGGCUCGAUUGCGCGGACUCGACAUUGCCAUGGACUACAGACCAGGUCUCAACUGGCGCCCAAUGAAGGACAAGUGCGUCGAGCAAAUGAUGAUCGCCACUGAUGGCUGCGACACCAACGACAACCACUGGAAGGGCGGCGGCUCUCGCAAGGACACCGACGUCACAUAUCACUGGGCUCCUUCAAACCCUCGCAGCGUGCCUGUUGAACAAGCGAAGGUGUGGGGUGGCUGUGACGGAACCCGUGGAGGCAGCUACACAGUUUGGGGUGCACACUGGGCCGGUGAUGACUUUGGCUCGGAGUUAUUGAACAAUCUCAAGGGCAAGGGUAUCAGCCCUACGCAGUGGAAGUUCAACUACGGCGGGGGCGAUGAUCAUCGCGAGUGGACUGCCAAGUUCCAGACAAUCAUUCACGCUUGGCCACAGGUUGAGUCGUCGAUGGAAAGUGUCGCUGGCUGGGAUAUGGAUGUUCGUUGCAACAUCCACUGA